AUGUCGACUACUCAGACGACUGCAGCCGCUCCAGCGCCUUCUGUAUCUCCAGUGGCUCCCCAGGCUGCCCCUUCCUUGGCCUUCAAUUCUCAAAACGAGUACGGCGACUGGCGGGAUGACUUCUUCAAGAAUGGCUACUACGUCUUCAAGGGCGCCGUCCCUAAGGAGAAAGCUACUGAGUACUACUACAAGAAGGCCCUCGACUGGUUGCAGUCAUUUGACAACGGUUUCGACCUCAACAACAAGGAAACAUGGACAAAGGAACAUCUUCCCCAGAGCUUCAAGAACAUGUACCUACACUACUGUGCAGCCCAGGAGAAGUUUAUGUGGGAUGCUCGAACUGAACCUAAUGUCAUCAAGCCUUUCGCCGAGUUGUGGGGUACUGACGAACUGGUCGUCUCUUUCGAUGCCUUCAAUGUCACUCUUCCUGGUCGCAAGGACGAUGAUUUUCGUCCUUGGCCCCACACUGAUCAGGCCCCUGAGCGCAAGGGUCUGUCGUGUGUCCAGGGUCUGCUGAACCUGACUCCCGCCGGCCCUAAGGACGGUGGUCUUUUGCUCACAGUCGGCUCCUCGGCCCUCUUCGAGGAGUACUUCAAAACCCACCCCAUUCGUCCACGCAUCAGCAGCGAUGCCAAGCACUAUGACCUUUACCUCUUCCAACCAGAUGAACUUGAGUGGUUCAAGUCCAAGGGCUGCCGAGAGAUCAAAGUCGAGGCAGAACCCGGUGACUUGGUCCUUUGGGAUUCCCGUACUAUCCACCACGUGGCCAAGGUUGAGUCUGAGCAGAUCCGAAGCGUUAUGUACGUCUGCAUGACGCCGAGAGCCCUGGCCACGCCAGAGGACUUGGCCCUGAAGAAAGAUAUUUUUGAGAGAUACGAGGCCACGACCCAUUGGCCUCACUGCAAUAUCUGGCGCCAGGGCAAAGCAAUGAUUGAUGGGAAACUGGAUCCUCUCGAGCGGGAUGAGCCUCUAGAGAAGCCGGUCUUGACAGACCAGAUCCUUCGCCUUGCUGGUGUCAAGCCUUACAAUGAGUAG